UCGUGGUGUGACGGAAAAUCCAUCACUUCUCGAAGAUGACGGAGGAGAACGAAGGAAUUGUUGUGUUACAUCACGAUGAGAAUUAUUUGGUGAUAAACAAGCCCUACGAUAUGGUCGUGAACAGUAAUGAUCCCUCAAAGGUCACGCUCCAGACGCAAAUCAGGAGGUUAUUUCCUCAUUUGGCGAAUCCAGGCUUAAAACACGAGUUUUAUUUUGUUCAUCGACUAGACUAUGCUACGAGUGGGGUGAUUUGUGUUGCUCUCCGUCGAAAUUCGGCUCGAGCUGCCUCGAUUAGUUUUGAGAAGAGAGAUGCUAAAAAGUAUUAUUUAGCGUUGCUUCAUGGACAUGUGGAGGAGGAUUGUCUGGUCGUCCGCAAAGCAAUUGGUGAAGAUAUUCGAGAACUCCUGGGUAACAAGAGAAUGUGCACCAGUGACGAAAUCCACUGCCAAAACCCCCGAGACUGUUUCACUGCAAUACUAGUACUAGAAAAAGGCCUCAGAAACGGAAAACCUGCGACGAAAGUGUUGUUGCGUCCCGGGACUGGACGUAGACACCAGCUACGGGUCCACUGUUCUCACAUAGGGCACACCAUCGUCGGGGACUACACUUAUAGUAAUCGGCAGGACCACGAGCCCCAUCGAACAUUCCUCCACGCAUUUAGAUUGAUCCUGGAGAAUAAUCUUGGUCACUUGGAUAUCCAAACUCCAGACCCUUUUGACACUACAGACGAUAAAAAUAAGUGGACCCCUACGGAAGUUCUUAGGAGGAUCGACGAAGGCACCUUUUCAGCUAUUGAUAAACUGUUUACAUGA